AUGGAGAGGGGUAAAUCAGGGCCAAGUGCUUCAGUGAGAGAAGAGAAGAAACAAGAAAAUGAAGAGGGCUUUGAUUAUGAAGAAGAGGGUUUUGAUGAAAUGGAUCAAGAAAAUAGAAAGGUUUUUGAGAAUUUUAAUCCUGGUCCUCUUCUUCCUCUCAAAGAUCAGAUUGAAAAAGACAAGGAGGAUGAGAGCUUAAGAAGAUGGAAGGAGAAGCUUCUCGGCUGCUUGGAAAGUGAUUUAAAUGGACAAAUGGAGCCUGAAGUUCAAUUUCAAUCAAUCGGAAUCAUAUCUUCUGAUUUUGUUCUUCACAACAUCGUGUCCGGCCUGGCCUACACAAAUACAGUUUGGAAGUCUGGACUCCAAGUUGAUCAAAGCAAAGGUAUGUUGGGCACUUUCGCUCCUCAACGAGAACCAUAUGUACACACCUUAGAGGAGAAGACGACCCCAUCUGGGAUGCUUGCAAGAGGAAUAUAUACAGCUAAGCUUCAGUUUCAAGACGAUGACAACAGAUGCCAUUUGGAGCUCGAUUAUUCUUUUGAGAUACAAAAGAGCAGUUAA